AUGAGUUCCUUGGGGAUUGAAAAGCUCAACCAGGGGCUUUCGCGGAUUGUCAGCGUCCGGCCGAGACGGGAGGUUCGCCGGCAAUACCUCGAGCGCCGUUCGCGCGGCUGUGUUUUUCGCAUCGGCACCCUUCACAACCGGCGGCUGAGCGAGGAGGUGCUGCGGCGAAAUCGGCGGGGCUUCACCAACGCGCAGUUGAACACCGUCGCGUUUGCGCCCUCGCUUUAUCAUUGGUUAUUCCACCGCGGCGGGGUCCCGUUCGCGGAAUCCCAGCGCCUGGUGGAGCAGGGCCGACUCAAGGUCGACGGCGUCCUCGUGACCCGGCCUCGGGACUUGGAAAGCCAGUUCGAGUGGUCCACUUUUCAGCGAAUGGAUAUUCAGCUCCGGCCCUUCGGCGGCUCCCCUGAGGCGGCCUGGGUGCCCGCGCUCAAACGCGCCCGCCACCGUCAUUAUCAGUUUUUAUAUCUCGACCGAAGCCUUUCCAUCUCCUCGGAGGAGACCAACCCGCGCAGUUUUGUCCAUCGCGUCGUGCAAAAAUCAACCGCGGGAAUCAGCCCCGAGGCCGCCUUUGGGUUGAACGUCCUGCGCCCAAUUGGGUUUUUGGACGGAAUGAACGGGCUUGGGCUCAUCACGAACGACGUGGCCAUGAUUCGGUACUGGAAUAACGAGUUUUUGGGGAAUUACGGGGUUUACGACCUUCGCUUCCCGCGCGGGGCCCCGGCCGAGGUCAUUCGCAACGCCGCGGAGGAUAUCUCGCGGACUUUGCAAGACGGCAUCGCCGCCCAUCUCACGUCGCUUUCGGCGACCCCACCCAUCCCGUGCGUGUGCGCGGUGAGGGCGUCCCCACCUCAGGCGCAGGAUUUGGUGUCGGCGAUGUACCCCACCAGUGCCUUUAUUUCGGAGCGAAUUCUUGUCAGCACUCCGCUUUUUCCUUAUCGAUUGGUGAGGCGACUUCAGCGCGCGCGGUGUGCGAUAUCGCUCGUUCGCUCCGGGCCUUUCGUCCUCACGCCAGGGUUGGUCCAAUCGCGAUCCCCUCGUCCGCUCUCACCGGUCGAGCUUGGGAUUUUGUUUACCUUCGAGAAGCGGCUGAAAGUUAAUCGGAUGGUUUUAAGUUUGAGCCAGUUCGAUCCCGAGGAUUGA